GCGUGUCUAAAAAAAAAGGCAAUUUUUCUUUCAUUUUCAUUUCAUUUCAGUUUCAUUUCUUGUUUACACCUACAUUUUCUUUAAAAUUAUAAAAUGAACGGCCAAAGUAAAGCUCCGAUUGUCAAAAAAAUAAUUCAUACGGGAAAGAAAUAUAUACCGAUCGCUAAAGAGAGUAAGGCACACUUUCACUUUCAAACCUAUAAAGUAGGAAAAGAAAGAGUCCUUAUUGAUGACAGCCGAAAAAUCGGUAAAAAGGAGCCCAUGGUCCUUGUGAUUGGCCAUAAAUUCAAACUUGAGGUCUGGGAGACUAUUGUGAAGAUGAUGGCAGUCGGUGAAGUUGCUAGUUUUCAAGUAAAAAAAGAGCUUGUGUUCAGCUACCCAUUUGUAUCGAAAACUCUCCGAGACUUGGGCAAGAAGAACCACACAGUGAAACACUCCUGUACAAUGACAUUGCAGACUGAAGGGAUCGGCUAUCCAGAUUUGGAUGAGCUCAUGAAAAACCCUUGUGAUCUGGAGUUUGUUAUUGAACUUUUGCAAGUGGAGAAAGGGGAUGAAUAUGAAAAAGAUUUGUGGCAACUGACUGAGCAGGACAGAAUAGAUUUAAUUCCAAUGCUAAAAGAGAAAGGAAACCAGUUGUACACUCAGAAAUCAUACGAGGAAGCAGAAGAAGCAUACAGGAAGGCUAUAGGCAUCUGUGAACAGUUGAUGCUCAGGGAAAGAAAAACUGAUGAUGACUGGGUAAAAUUAAAUAAAAUCAGGUUACCAAUACUGUUGAACUAUUCCCAGUGCCGGCUCAUGAAACAGGACUACUACACUGUCAUUGAACAUUGCAAUACAGUUUUAGAAUAUGAUAAAGAUAAUGAAAAAGCUUUAUACAGAAGAGCAAAAGCUCAUGUUGGAGCUUGGAAUCCAGAUGAAGCAGAAGAGGACUUUCAGCACCUGAAGUCUGUCAAUCCAUCCAUGGCGCCCUCUGUGGACAAGGAGUUAGCCGUCUUGAAACAAAUGAGGAAGAUAAAGGAAAAUCAAGACAAGGGUGCCUUGAAGAACAUGUUUAAAAAUGCCAGUGAGAAGACAUAACAACAGCUUGAUGUGUAUUUAACAAAACAGUGCAAAAUGCAACGGUGACCUCAAUGUUAUGUUUAAUUGAUAAACUAAUAUAUUUUUACAUGUUUUAGUACUGGCAGAGCCUUGGCUAGGUAGUACUUAAAGUGAGAACUAUUAUGUUUGUUAUUUAAGAGAGUACCUAUUUAUAUUUAUUUGAUUACUUCCACGUAAUUUAAAAAUUGUAUAAUGUGAAUGUGUAUUAUUUGACUGCGCUAUUAUACUUAAUAAAACAAUAUUUUAAUUAUAACUGUA